AUGGGCAACACAUCCAGCAGCAGCCGUGGUUCUCCCGCACCGUCUAUUCGCCCAUCUCAAUCACGCAAUGCUAGUCAAGCGGACCUUGCGUCUAUCAAUGGGACUAACAAGCCGCCAUCGCUUCGCGGUUCCAUCCGCCAUGCCAUCACUCGGCGCGAGCCAUCGUUCAAGUACAUGCCGCCGCCGACACCCAAACGCGAUUCCCCGACACAGUCCAGCCUACCAGAGCCGCAGCCGCCACGCCCAGUCAGCCCUCCUCCCGCUGCUCAUGCUCCGGCACCGUCACCCCGUCGCGGGUCGACUCUUCCCAUUCGAGGAGCAGAGAUAGUACCACCUAAACUCAGCACUUCGUCUCCGCCGUUCUCUCCCACUCCAGCGGCACCCUCGAACGAGCCUUCCGCCGUAGAGCAGGGACCCACGGUCCAGCCAGCGGCGCUGAAUACUGAGCUCGACGUUACAGAGUCCUCCUCGCGUGACUUGCGGGACGAGUCCCCUUCGCGCCGCAAGGAUAGCGACCGCGACAUGCCUGGCUCCAUGCCUUCUCCGAGCCGGUCAUCUGCCCCAUCACCAACAUCGGGCCUGCCUGCGUUCCUUGAAGACCGUCGUGCAAGCUGGUCUUCGGCUGUGGGUGCCGUGGAGUCGACCAUUGAGCGCAUGAAAGAGCAUGCGAUGUCUAUCGCGCGGGAAACGGCCGAACGUCGCCGUGCGGCUCGCGAGGAAGAGGAUAGGUCUCUUGCUGAGCGGGCUGCGCGUCUCCCAACGCCGACCAGUUACUCGGAAGUGUCUUCUCCAGCUUCGUCACGUCCGACGGUUGAGACUACCCCGGCAGAGUCGGUCGUGGAGGCUCAGCCUGAGCAGCACGUGACGCCAGCACCGAUGUCGCCUGAACCCCACGUCGAGCACGAGAUUUCCGCACCAGAGCAGGAGACUUUCGUUCAGGCGCAGGAAACUCUUCAGGAACCCAGCGAGUCAGCGCCGGAGGCCUCAGUCGCGACCCUCACGCCGCAAGUCAUCGAGAGCGGAUACUUGAGUACUCCACCCGGACUCGAGCAGACGCAAGCAACGACCGUCGCCGAUGUAGCGAGCGAGUCGCACGACGUCUCGGAGCCCACCUCCCCGCUGUCGCCACAGCUCCCUGAGGAUCCAGAAUCAGAGUCCCUUCGCGGCCGACGCGGUCGCUUGCUCUCUCUCAUCGCCGAGGAGUCCGAGUCGCGUCGCUCGUCAAUCAUCGAAGCUCGCGCGCAAAGCGGUCCGCACGUCCCCGGUACGCUCACGUUCGCACCCAGGCGGCUUUCUGUCGUGACGACUGCCGACUCGGAUGAUCAAGGGUACGGUACGCAAGAGGAAGGUUCCGAUGUUGGUCAUGAGAAGCCCUUCAACCGUGCGCGGUCGAGCACCUUUGGACGGCCACGCUCAGCGACGCUCGAGAGCAUCGUCGUAGAGAGCGAAGUCGACUCUCAACCCCAGCAUCUCCCGGGCGGCAUCGCGGGUUCGACCGAAUGGCUUCUUCAACAAGCACGCGAGAGCGUUCACCCUGAGCCGCCCCAAGAGAAGCCUUCCACAGCCAGUUCCGCGUCUAGCUCGCCAGUAUCCUCCGUUGCCAGUUCACAUCCUGAUCAGCCAUGGAUACCGCCAGCCUCCGUCGCGCUUGAACCGGGAGCCUACGUCCUUACCGACCACAAGUGGGGUGCGGCGCUGGAUCUUCACGGCGGCAACAACCGCUCCGCGAUAGCCUUUGGGCUACAUGGGUUUGAGAAUCAGCAGUGGGAGGUCGUCCACAUGGGUGAUGGGUUCGCACUACGCAACGUGCGCGAACGGUCGUGGUUGUCUAUUGAUCUUCCGGCGUUGGCACAAACGGGGAUCGCGCCUGCUCUAUCUGUCCAGUGGCCAGUGUGCUGGGAGGUCGAGGCGCACAAGCUACCCUCAAGCGAGGAGCAAGGCGAUGACAGCGACGAGGAUGUUCUAGUGAGGAUACGCUGGCCGGGAACAGACUAUCUUCUGGGCCUCAGCGAUUCGACUGCCGGAACUCCUGUUACGCUCUCUGUCGGCCUGGGUGCAAGUGCGGUGUGGAGGGCGUCCGCACGUCCACGACCCCAGAUCACAUUGAGCCCGCCACUGACGACGGAGAACACCAUGAGCCGUGUAGACAACAUGCACGGCAGAGUCACUGUGACGACAACAACGACCUACGUCACCACAACCACCAAGAGUAUUACGCGUAUCACCAGUACAGAAGCAUGA